GCGGUCGGCAUUGGUAAAUUUAGAUUAAGUUAUCGCAGAAAUGUUGAAUUUAAAAAGUAGGGCCUACUAUAUACUACUAGGCUAAUGGGCUAGGGCCUGCAGCGCCCUCACAGAGGACAUGGCGGACAUCUGGGAAAUGACGAGUAGAGUACUACUACUAGUAUAGUAGUAACCUCACCGCGUUGCUGGUGAAAACAACUAUGACGUGCGCGCCUACAUACUGUCAUCAAGGAAAAGAUUGAGUAGGCCCUACCCUGAUCUUCUGACUGGCUGGUUCAUCUUUUGAAUGAUCCGGCGCCAGCAUUGAGAGAGUGAUUGAUUGACUGUGUUGCAUCUCGUCCAUGUGAAUUCCUACAAACUGCUGCCAGAGAGAUGGCUAGCAUGCUACAUCAACGAAUCACGCAGGCAUUCCUGAGGUCGCGUCUGGCCCAUGACCCGGGCCGCGCAUGGCUGCCAUCUUUAGCCUCUUUCUCCACAGGGAACAACGUGUCUAAUUCUAGCAAUGGGCAAGCAACGUCCGGAAAGCUCAGCAAAAGGCUGAAGGAGACAGCAGAGGUGGUGGUCAUUGGGGGAGGAUGUGUGGGGACCAGCAUAGCCUACCACCUGGCCAAGGCCGGCAUGAAAGACGUGGUACUCCUGGAGAAGUCUGAGCUGACAGCAGGAUCCACGUGGCAUGCGGCUGGAUUGGUCACAUACUUUCAUCCCGGCAUCAACUUGAAAAACAUCCAUCAUUACAGCAUCAAGUUGUUUGAACAGUUGGAGGCUGAAACUGGACAGCAAGUGGGCUUCCACCAGCCGGGGAGCCUGCGUCUCCUCACCACGCCGGAUCGCAUGGACGAAGCCAAGUACCAGAUGUCGCGAGCUGGCUGGCACAAAGCAGUGCAGGAGCUGAUAGGGCCGGAGAGAGUGGCCGAACUCCACCCUCUACUGAACAUGGAUGGGAUAUUGGGUGGCGUGUUCAAUCCAGGAGAUGGCCACAUUGACCCUUACUCUCUGACCCAAGCCUACGCCAUUGGAGCUCGUAAAUAUGGAGCCGAGAUCUACAUGCCAGCCAGCACACAGGGCCUCAAGCAGCGCAGUGAUGGAGGCUGGGAUGUAGAAACUGAACAUGGCACACUGACUGCCAAGCGCAUCGUAAAUGCUGCAGGAUUCUGGGCCACAGAUGUGGGUCGCAUGGCCGGCCUGGAGCUGCCCAUGGUGGCCAUCCAACACCAGUAUGUCAUCACCUCCUCCAUCCCUGAGGUGCAGGCCCUGAAGCGGGAGCCUCCAGUCAUCCGGGACCUGGAGAACUCCUACUACCUCCGGCAGGAGCGGUCGGGCCUGCUAUUUGGACCCUAUGAGAAAAGCCACAAGAUGAAACAGCAGGAUGACUGGGUUAGAGACGGUGUGCCCCCGGGCUUUGGUAAAGAAUUGUUCGAAAGUGACAUGGAUCGACUGAUGGAGCAUGUGGAAGGGGCCAUGCAGCGUGUUCCCAUCCUUCAAACUGCAGACAUCCAGAGCGUCGUCUGUGGACCCAUCACUUACAGCCCCGAUGUCCUGGGGAUGGUGGGACCCUACCAGGGACUCAGGAACUUCUGGCUUGCCUGCGGCACUGGUUACGGCAUCAUCCAUUCCGGGGGCUACGGCAAGUACAUCAGUGACUGGAUGAUUGACGGGGAGCCACCGUAUGAUCUGGUGGAGUUGGAUGCCAAUCGCUUCGGCAAUUGGACAAGCAGGGAGUACACGAGCAUCAAGACCCGCGAGACGUACGGGAUGAACAACGCCAUCGGCUGGCCCCGUGAAGAGCGGUGGGCGGGCAGACCGACCAAGCGUAUCAAUGGCAUUUAUGAAAAGCUCAAAUCCCAAGGAGCUGAGUUUGGAUUUCAUGCAGGCUGGGAACAGCCCCACUGGUUUGCACUGGAUGGCGACGAGGCUGGGUACAAGCCCAGCUUCCAUCGAUCCAACUGGUUUGAGCCAGUUAGGCGAGAGUACGAAAUGGUGAUGAAGCGAGCCGGGAUCAUCGACCUCAGCCCGUUUGCCAAGAUUGAGGUGACGGGAAAAGAUGCCUACGGAUACCUGGACAGCCUGCUGGCCAACAAACUGCCGGCUGUUGGUCGAUGCACCCUGUGCCACAUGCUGUCACCCAAGGGAAAGGUCUAUGCCGAAGUGACCGUCAGCCGACUGGCAGAGAACAAGUUCCUGGUCAUCACAGGUUCUGGCGUAGAGUUCCAUGACCUCAGAUGGAUGGAGGAUUUUGCCUGGAAGGGAGACUAUGAAGUCACCCUGAACAACAUCACUGACAGCACAGCCUGCCUCAGCUUGGCAGGGCCGCUAUCUCACGACGUGCUGGCCUCCAUCACUGACGCCGACCUGGCCAAUGAUGCAUUCGCCUUCAUGGACGUCAAGGAUAUCACUGUCGGUGGUGUGCCCGUCACUGCUGUCCGAAUCUCCUAUACAGGUGAACUUGGCUGGGAGUUUUAUCACAAGGCGGAGGACACAGCCAAGCUCUACGUUGCUCUGCUUGAGGCAGGAAAGCCCUUGGGAGUUGGAGACUUUGGAACAUACGCGCUGAACACCAUGCGCAUUGAGAAGGGAUUCCGCAUGUGGGGACAAGAGAUGUUGAUGGACAAUGGCCCAUUAGAAGCUGGGUUGGGACCAUUCAUCAAACUCAAAAAGGAGGCUGACUUUGUUGGUAAGGCGGCCGUUCAGAAGAUGAAAGACGAGGGACUUCAGCGUAAACUGGUUCUGCUGACCGUUCCCAACACUGACAAUGUUGACCCUGAAGGCAACGAGACACUCUGGCUGAAUGGCAAGGUUGUCGGCAACACCACGUCAGGCUGUUACAGCUACCACCUCGGGCAGAGCAUCUGCUACGCUUACCUGCCCAUGGAGCUGACGGCAGUUGGGACAGAGGUUGAAGUAGAGCUCUUGGGAAAGAGGUACCCCUCAACAGUGACCAAGGAGCCCUUGCUGCUCACCGAGCAAGCCAGAAGCAGGCAGAAAUCCAAGGGAGGAGUGAAUGUGACUGUUAUUCAAUAAAAAGAAAUAAGUGAAAUGCAUACAUAUAAGAUUUGAAGACACCUUCGUGUUUCAGGCUCUUAGUGUCUAAUACUGCCUCAGUUAUUUUAGUUAAGUUAUUAAAACAUGUAGUGUCACAUCGAACCGGAGGCCUUUGUUCAGUACUUGGCCUAAAAACUCCAGAGCCCCUAAGGGCCAAGAAGUCAUUGAUCUGAUACUAAAAAAGCUAAAUUGGGGUGUAAACAACUGGAAGGGUUAUUUUUAAUUCAUGCAUUAGGCGGGGCAUACUGGGCACAGACUGAGAUGUAGAUAUCAGGAAUAUUGUCUGUGCUUGUUGGUCUCUUCUGCAAGGAUCAGUUUUUCUUGUAAACAGGGCUCCUAUCGUUGUCACUCAUGGAUCGAGAUCAAGGUGUUUGACCUCAUAACUGUCUCUUUCUGAGAAGGAUCAUGAACAAAUAAUCUUAUUUAGUUUCAGUAUUACACAUCCUUGGAGGACAGUUUCAAUCCAUCACAAGUCACUGGGUCGCAAGUUCGGUCUCUAAGCAUUCAACCGAAACAUUCCUUUGUCCUUGUUUGCCCUGUCACAUGUGAAAGGACUUGUAAUGAAUUCACCGACAACACUGAUUUAUUUUGUUGUUCUCUUUGCCUGUAGUCCUCGAAGCUCAGUCAUGUCUCAGACUACAAGGCAGCCCUGUUUAUGCGAUGCAGGGGGAGACCACAUUUUAGUCGGAGAUGGGGAAGGGCCCAG